AUCAAUAUAUUUAUGAAUGGACAACAUGUUGAAACAUUUCAGGAAGAUAUUUCAUUCACUUCAGAUCUAACUGCUUCACAUGAUGAGCCUCAGUCUCAAGAAGAGUUUAAAGAUCUACCAAGUGGUCCUCAUGUAUAUCGUCUGGAAGAUCUCGCUUAUACAAGAAGUGGAGACAAAGGCAACACAGCAAAUAUAGGUGUCAUAGCCCGUCACCCCCUUUACUACCCAUACCUCAAGAAAACAUUAACUGCUUUGGCUGUAGAAAAUUAUUUCCAGCAUCUUUUAGAAAGAGAACAGCCUGAAGAAAUCUUGGUAUCACGAUAUGACUUGCCAGGAAUAUAUGGAUUAAAUUUCGUUCUAAAAAACUCUCUUGGUGGUGGUGGCACAGCAUCUCUGAGAAGUGACCCACAAGGCAAGGCAUUUGGACAAAUGCUACUUGACUUCAAGAUUAAACAUGUUCCAGAUUUAAAAUCUUUAAUAGAAUAACAUCUUUGUUUUUAUUCCAUUUUGAAAUGGCAAUAUUUUAAAUAAAUUUAACAAACCAAAAGUUUUGGUGAUGUUUAUCAUCUAAGGAUUUAACCAAUUCCUAAUGAUCAGAUAUGAGAAUGUUCUGAGUAAUUCCAGAACUGCUACUUUGUAUAUCACUGGUAUUUCCUGUCUGCUGCAUUCGAUGAUGAUCCUGUUUAUUUCCUGUGAACAUAAUUAAGCAAUAAAUUAUAGAAUAUUUUUCCAAGAGAUAACUACUGCUCUCAAAUAAAAACUCUUUCUCUGCUGCUUGGUAUUACAGAUAUAAAACUAGGAAUACUGUGCAUAAUUAUAACUAUAAUUAUACUAUAUUCAAACAGCUCUGCAAAAAAAAAAAUUCAAGA